AGUCUCAUCACAUCUACAUGAACAGGUCCGUACUGGACAGAUGGAAACAGAUAACAUGGGGGAGCAGACAACAGACACGCCAUGGCAGCAGGACGAAGAAAAGGAUGUUCCAAUCGACGAAACAAGCGGUGUAAACUGUUCAGGGUCUGACGAAGUCUUGCCACAGGAACCUGUACAGAGCCAUACAGUACAGGUGGAAAUUCAUGUGGCAAAACACACCUACAUCUGCUGGAAGUGUGGUUACAGAGCAGAGCAAAGGGAUGUCAUGUUUGAACAUAUGAAAAAGCAUGUUGGAGACAAAAAUCACAAAUGCGACCAGUGUGACUAUUUUGCAACUCAGAAAGGUCAUUUAGAAAAACAUGUCAUGCUAAAACACACCGGGGAGAAGCCCUUCAUGUGUGGGGAGUGCGGAUACAGGACUGCUGUCAGGUCUCACUUAUCUCGACACAUGAAGAACCAUACGGAUACAGGCGUAAAGCCCUUCAAAUGUGACCGCUGUGACUAUUCUGCUGCACAGAAAAGACAUUUAAAGGAACACGUGAAAACAAAACACACUGGUGAAAAAGCUUACAUGUGUGAUGAGUGUGGUUACAGGGCCGCUUAUAGUAGUGCAUUAGCCCGACAUAUGAGAACGCAUACCGGCGAGAGACCCUACAAGUGUGACCAGUGUGACUAUUCUGCAACACGGAAAUGCCAUUUAGAUGAACACAUCAUGGUAAAACACACCGGUGAGAGACCCUACAUGUGUGAGGACUGUGGAUACAGAGCUGUUAACAGUCGUACCCUCUUCAAACAUAGGAGAAAACACACCGGUGAGAAACCCUACAUGUGUGAUGAGUGCGGGUACAGGACAUCUAAUAGGUAUAGCUUAUCUCAACACAUGAGAACACACACAGGCGUAAAACCCUUCAAAUGUGACCGUUGUGACUAUUCUACUGCACAAAAAUGCCAUUUAAGUGAACACAUGAAGACAAAACACACCGGUGAAAAAGCUUACAUGUGUACUGAGUGCGGUUAUAGGACAUCUCAUAGUUCUUCAUUCUCCCGACAUAUGAGAACACAUACCGGUGAGAAACCCUACAAAUGUGACCUGUGUAACUAUUCUGCCGCACAAAAAUGCCCUUUGGACCAACACAUUAUGGUUAAACACACUGGCGAGAGACCCUAUAAGUGUGACCAGUGUGACUAUUCUGCCGCACAAAAAGGAACUUUAGACCAACACAUCAUGGUAAACCACACCGGUGAGAGACCCUACAAGUGUGACCAGUGUGACUAUUCUGCCACAAAAAAAGGCACUGUAGACACACACAUCAUGGCAAAACACACCGGUGAGAAACCCUACAUGUGUGAAGAGUGCGGGUUCAGGACGGCUAUUAGGUAUAACUUAUCUCAACACAUGAGAACACACACAGGCGUAAAACCCUUCAAAUGUGACCAUUGUGACUAUUCUACUGCACAAAAAUGCCAUUUAAGUGAACACAUUAAGACAAAACACACCGGUGAAAGAGCUUACAUGUGUGAUGAGUGCGGUUAUAGGACAUCUCAUAGUUCUUCAUUCUCCCGACAUAUGAGAACACAUACCGGUGAGAAACCCUACAAAUGUGACCUGUGUGACUAUUCUGCCGCACAAAAAUACCCUUUGGACCAACACAUCAUGGUGAAACACACUGGCGAGAGACCCUAUAAGUGUGACCAGUGUGACUAUUCUGCCGCACAAAAAGGAACUUUAGACCAACACAUCAUGGUAAACCACACCGGUGAGAGACCCUACAAGUGUGACCAGUGUGACUAUUCUGCCACAAAAAAAGGAACUUUAGACACACACAUCAUGGUAAAACACACCGGUGAGAAACCCUACAUGUGUGAUGAGUGUGGGUUCAGGACGGCUAUUAGGUAUAACUUAUCUCAACACAUGAGAACACACACAGGCGUAAAACCCUUCAAAUGUGACCGUUGUGACUAUUCUACUGCACAAAAAGGUAAUUUAAACAUACACGUAAAAACAAAACACACCGGUGAAAAAGCUUACAUGUGUACUGAGUGCGGUUAUAGGACAGGUCAUAAUGCUAACUUGUCCCGACAUAUGAGAACACAUACCGGUGAGAAACCCUUCAAGUGUGACCAGUGUGACUAUUCUGCUGCACGGAAAGGAACUUUAGACCAACACAUCAAAACAAAACACUGGUUAGAGACCCUACAUGUGUGAGGACUGUUGAUACAGAGCUGUUAACAGUCGUGUCCUAUUCAAACAUAGGACAAAACACACCGGUGAGAAACCUUAAAAGUGUGACCAGUGCAACUUUUCUGCUUUGAGAAAAAAUCUUUUAAAACAACAUAUGGCUAAACACAAAAGUGAAAAACCCCACAGUCCCCACAAAUGACAAAACAAUAAACAGUAAAACUUGCAAGUGAAAAAAAAAAGAAAGUGAUCCAUGGG